UGGACUCAGCUGCUCUACAAACGCUUUGCACAUAAUGGACAAUUUUUAGGACGUAUCAGUGUUUAUGUGGCCGCGGAAGAAACAAAAUUAACUUCACACAAUAUAAAAGUUAAAUACCCUUGUUCUCAAAUUCCAAUUAGGAAUGGCGUCUUUAACGUAACUUCUAUACAAUUUGAAUUCCAAGCCACUCUAUGCUUUUCUGGCAAGACCUGUUACGAUGAUCCUAUGUUCUGCUCAGUUUGCUUUUGAUGGAUUAAGAAAUACUGGAAUGAUCCAUGGAAUGAAGUACCUACGAAAUCCUCGGAAUGAUAAUUGAAUUGGAUAAUAACUUGAAGGUGGGAUGAAAUUUACGACUACAAUAUGCACAUUGACUCAACGUGAUCCAGAUUCAAUGCUAGCUGCAAUGUUCAGUGGUCGACAUUCUAUUUGUAAGGAUCCCCAAAAGGGAAGUGUCUUCAUCGAAAGGGAUGGAACACAUUUCAGACAUGUUCUAAAUUGGUUGCGUGACGGUGUUGUUCCUACCCUAGAUGCCCCAGGAUAUCAAGAGCUGCUCCAUGAAGCAGAAUAUUAUCAACUACUUGGAUUUGUUGAGCAGAUAAACUUUUGUAUAAAUAAGAAAAAAGAAUACGAUGAGAAUAAACCUGAAUUGACACGGAAAGAAGUUAUCAAAUGCAUACAGGCAAAGCGAGUGAGAUUACGAGGAAUUAAUCUUUCUGGAUUGGAUCUCUCUAAACUGGAUUUAUCAGGUGUGGACUUCAGCCAUGCACAACUUCAGAAUACGUUCUUUUCAAGGGCCAAUCUCCAAAGUGCCAAAUUUCGGGAUUCUGAGGCUGAUGGUUCAAACUUUCACAAUGCUAUCUUGCGUGAGUGUGAAUUUAGUGGUGCAAGUCUUCGUGGAGCUCUAUUAGCUGGUGCUAAUUUGCAAAGUGCUAACUUGCAAGAUGCUAUUUUGGAGUCAUCUAGUUUUUGUGAGGCAGAUUUACGUUCAGCACAUUUACAGGAGUCAUACACUGGACAAAUUGUAUGUCAAAGUACAAAUCCAAAGGGUGCUGAUCUCACUGGUGCCAACUUAUCAGGUGCUAACCUUGAAGGAGCAAAUUUGAAGGGAGUAAAAUUGAAGGGUGCAAACUUGCAACGUGCAAACCUCCAGCGAGCUUAUUUACGCCAUGUAGAUUUACGUGAUACAGUCUUGGAUGGGGCAAGACUUGAAGGUGCAAAUCUUACAGGAACAAACCUUGGAGCAAAUAGAUGAUAUCAAUUAAUUUAUGAAGGCAUUUGAUGUUCUUAUUUAGCUAUAUAUAGCUCCACCAGUAAUUUGGUAGCUCAAAUAUCAACAUCAAGAAUGCUUUAUUACUUCUUGCAAAGAAGGUACCAAUAAAACCCGUUUCUUAUAUUCAUUUGCAAUACUAUUUGUCAAAUAUGUAAAUUAUGUUAAGAGUCUGUAAACAGUGUUCUUGUUCAAAAUAUUUUGUUGCUGUCUAUUUGAUCCUGCCAUCUUUUCAAUGGAAGGAGGUGGAGUAACUUUAAGCCAAUUGUAUAUAAUCAUUCAUUUAUAUAUAUGGACACUUUUUUUC